AGAUUACAUGAUGGGAUUCACGUUUUCUCCAGAAAAGCUGUGUAUCUUGGAUCAAUACCGUUGAAGAUAUCUUCUGAUUGCAACACCCGAAGCAGGGUCCUGUAACAAAUUUGUCAAAAGAACACGUACAAUGGAUCUCAAAGAAAGCUGCCCAAGUGUUAGCAUUCCCAGCUCUGAUGAACACAGAGAGAAGAAAAAAAGAUUUACAGUUUACAAAGUGUUGGUCUCAGUUGGCAGAAAUGAAUGGUUUGUCUUCAGACGGUAUGCAGAGUUUGAUAAACUCUACAAUACGCUAAAGAAGCAAUUUCCCACCAUGAACCUGAAGAUUCCAGCUAAAAGAAUAUUUGGAGAUAAUUUUGAUCCUGAUUUUAUUAAACAGAGAAGAGCAGGACUGAAUGAAUUCAUUCAAAAUUUAGUUAGACAGCCGGAGCUAUGCAACCACCCAGAUGUCAGAGCAUUUCUUCAGAUGGAUAACCCAAAACACCAGUCAGAUCCAUCUGAAGAUGAAGAUGAAAGGAGCAGUCGGAAGUUAAACUCUACCUCACAGAAUAUCAACUUGGGACCAUCUGGAAAUCCUCAUGCUAAACCAACAGACUUUGAUUUCCUGAAAGUUAUUGGGAAAGGCAGCUUUGGCAAGGUUCUUCUUGCAAAACGAAAAUUGGAUGGGAAAUACUAUGCUGUCAAAGUGCUGCAGAAAAAAAUUGUUCUUAAUAGGAAAGAGCAAAAACAUAUUAUGGCUGAACGUAACGUGCUUUUGAAAAAUGUGAAACAUCCAUUUCUGGUUGGAUUACAUUACUCAUUCCAAACAACGGAAAAGCUUUACUUUGUCCUGGAUUUUGUUAAUGGAGGAGAGCUGUUCUUUCACUUACAAAGAGAACGUUCCUUUCCUGAGCACAGAGCCAGAUUUUAUGCUGCUGAAAUAGCCAGUGCACUGGGCUACUUACACUCCAUAAAUAUAGUGUACAGGGACUUAAAACCAGAAAACAUUCUCUUAGAUUCACUAGGUCAUGUUGUGUUGACAGACUUUGGACUUUGUAAAGAGGGGAUUGCAAGUUCUGAUACCACUGCAACUUUCUGUGGGACACCAGAAUAUCUUGCACCAGAAGUCAUUAAAAAGCAGCCCUACGACAACACAGUAGACUGGUGGUGCCUUGGUGCAGUUCUUUAUGAAAUGCUUUAUGGGCUGCCUCCUUUUUACUGCCGUGAUGUUGCUGAGAUGUAUGAGAAUAUUCUUCAUAAACCCCUAGUUUUGCGCCCAGGAAUCAGUCUUACAGCCUGGUCUAUUCUGGAAGAACUUUUGCAGAAAGAUCGGCAAAGCAGACUUGGAGCAAGGGAAGAUUUUCUUGAAAUUCAAAAGCACCCAUUCUUUGAAUCUGUCAGCUGGACUGAUCUUCUUCAGAAGAAGAUUCCACCACCAUUUAAUCCUAAUGUGGUCGGACCAGAUGAUAUUGGGAAUUUUGAUGCAGUGUUUACGGAAGAAAUGGUCCCAUACUCAGUUUGCGUUUCUUCCGAUUACAGCAUUGUUAAUGCCAGUGUCCUAGAGGCAGAUGAUGCAUUUGUUGGAUUUUCUUACGCACCACCUUCUGAAGAUAUGUUUUCCUAGGAAGUUAGAAACCAACAGUGUUUUGGAAGUCUUGAGGUGAACUGAAAUGUUAGGGUUAUGGACACAUUCCAAAAUAGUGUAACUAGUGCCUCGUUUUGUAUGUAGGUUUGAAACCUAUGAACAAACUUUCUCUGCUGUAUAGGAGGAAUUUGGGCGUUUUGGAUGGCUUUCUUUGGGGUUUGAAGUGUUUGUUCCUGCUGCAGAAAAUAUUUUUUAAAACCUUUAAAAAGCAUUCUUUACGUAUUUUUUAAGUAAAAACACUGACUGUUCUCCUUGGUCCCUUCAAGUUUACAUUCAUACCUAUCUUAAGAUUUGGCUGGAACAAACAGCAGCGAAUUUAGUAAAUUUAUAAAUUUAUAAAUGCUUUUGUACCUAUUUACAGUGACUUUGUGCUUGAAUUGUAACUAUGCAAAUCUUUUGUAUAUCCUGGUUUAAAAACGGUAAAUGUUUCCCUCUUCUAUCAGUUUGAAAUAUAUGUUAAUUUACCUGUCAGCACUUAAAUGAGGGGUUAAGACCUCAUAAGUUAAGACCAAGAUUCUUCAAAGGACUGCUACAGAAUGAAGUUGGUCAUGUAAAACUAGAUUGUUGCUCUUGCGCUUGCCGAAGUACCCAU